AUGGCCAGUGUCCUGUCCCGGCGCCUCGGCAAGCGGUCCCUUCUGGGAGCCCGGGUGUUGGGACCACCUGGGGCUGCCCCACCCUCGGAGCCUCAGGCAGAGCUGCUGGAGGGGGCAGCUCCCCAGCCCUUUGUUGCCUCCAAGGAUGCGUCCUGUCAGGAGCAGCCUAAGGAAGUCCUCAAGGCUCCGGGCACCUCGGGCCUCCAGCAGGUGGCCUUUCACCCCGGGCAGAAGGUUUGUGUGUGGUACGGGGGUCAAGAGUGCACAGGACUGGUGGAGCGGCAUAGCUGGGCAGAGGAUAAGGUGACUGUCUGGCUGUUGGACCAGAAGUUACAGAUCUGCUGCAAAGCGGAGGAGGUGUGGCUGGCCGAGCCGCCGGGCCGCAUCCCCCAGGUGCCGCCUCCAGAGCAGGGAACCCAGGCGCCAGCCUACAGGCCUGUGUCCAGGAACAUUGAUGUCCCAAAGAGGAAGUCGGAUGCAGUGGAAAUGGACGAGAUGAUGGCGGCCAUGGUGCUCACGUCGCUGUCCUGCAGCCCGGUCGUACAGAGUCCUCCCGGGGGCGAGGCCAACUUUUCUGCCUCCCGCACGGCCUGCGACCCCUGGAAGGAGAGCGGCGACGUGUCGGACAGCGGCAGCAGCACCACCAGUGGGCACUGGAGCGGGAGCAGCGGCGUCUCCACCCCCUCGCCCCCCCACCCCCAGGCCAGCCCCAAGUACCUGGGGGACGCCUUUGGCUCUCCCCAGACGGAUCACGGAUUUGAGACCGACCCGGACGCUUUCCUGUUGGAUGAACCAGCUCCCCGAAAAAGAAAGAACUCGGUGAAGGUGAUGUACAAGUGCCUGUGGCCCAGCUGUGGCAAAGUCCUGCGCUCCAUUGUGGGCAUCAAACGACACGUGAAAGCCCUCCACCUAGGGGACACCGUGGACUCCGACCAGUUCAAGCGGGAGGAGGAUUUCUACUACACAGAGGUGCAGAUGAAGGGGGAAGCUGCUGCGGCUGGCGGCCCCACAGCCGACCCGGCUCCGACCCCCAGUGUGACCAGCCCGCCCCUCACCAUCCUGCCCCCACCGCCUCCUCCCAAAGCCCAGUCCUCAGGCCCAGAUCACCCUGGCCUGGAGUCUUACCUGCCCUCCGGUGCUCUCAGCAAGUCAGCUCCUGGCUCCUUCUGGCACAUUCAGGCCGACCAUGCAUACCAGGCUCUGCCACCUUUCCAGAUCCCGGUCUCCCCGCACAUCUACACCAGCAUCAGCUGGGCCGCGGCCCCCUCCAGCGCCUCCUCCCUGUCCCCGGUCCGGAGCCGGUCGCUAAGCUUCAGCGAGCCCCAGCAGCCGCCCCCUGCCAUGAAGUCUCACCUGAUCGUCACGUCUCCACCUCGGGCCCAGAGCACCACCAGGAAAGCCCGCGGGGAAGCUAAGAAGUGCCGCAAGGUGUACGGCAUCGAGCACCGAGACCAGUGGUGCACCGCCUGCCGCUGGAAGAAGGCCUGCCAGCGCUUCCUAGACUGA